CGAACGUGUUUAUUACAAUAUUAACGAAUAUCACUCGUAAUUCUCUUCGUUACCCAAUUCUUACCGUUUACUGGGUAUUUUGUUUGUGCUUCUCUUGUUGUUGAAACGACAUUAAUAAUAUAUAUAUAUAUAAUGGGGAGGUAUCACAAUUAUCUUGAAGAUAAAUUUCAAAAAGUCCCAAGAACGAGCCAAUACAGGAGAAAUCAUACAGAAUACGAAUUAAGUGUUCAAAGCAGUGAUGACAGUGUCGAAGAUGCUCAAUGGCGAGAAUACUGUAAUUGCCAAUCAUCUAGUGAUAGCAACAACACGGAUUCUGAUAGUACGAGUCAACAUAACAGUAUUCGCUCAUCAUCCUCCAAUGAAGCGUUGCCAGCAGUAACACACGAAAAUACAUUUAUUGAGCAAAACAAUAAUCAACAAUCAUCGUCAAUAUUAGAACAGACAGCAGAUGCAUCCCAGAUUUCAAGAAAUGAUAGAAAUCAACUGUACGGCUUAUCAGACUCUGAGGAUGAAAAUUUUCAGGAUUCAUGGGUCUACGAUGCACAUGAAGAAUUAUUUCAAUUUAGCGACGAAGAUGAUAACGAUAACGAUGACGAUGAUGUUUGUGAAGAAGUCAGCUCUGAAGAUGUCAAUAGUGAAAAUAAUUAUAUUGGUUUUAGUAGAUUAAUAGAAAUGACGCAAAAAGAUGAGAAUAAUGAGACUAUAAAUGCUCAAGUAGUCGUGAGUAAAGCUGAAAUUUUACUUGCAGUUUUAAAGUAUGGAAUCACGUAUUGUUUAUCACAAAGUGCAUUAGCUGAUCUUUUUAAAAUGUUAAACUGUUUUUUUAAUUUUUCUUUGUUACCUAGUACGCGUUAUCUUGUUGACCAAAUGUUCAAUCCAGAAACGGUCAUAGAAUAUCAUGCAGUUUGUCCAUGUUGCAAAAAAUAUGUAGCAAAGUUUGAUCGCAAAGAUCGCCGCGUUGAAUGUCAAGCAUGCGAUACUGUAAUUGAAUUAAAAGAUACAACAUAUAAUGACUUUUUUGCUAUUAUGAAUGUAAAUAACGAAAUUGCAAAUUUAAUUCAAGACAAUCAGAAAUAUUAUGAUUAUGUAAUUCGCGAAAGGGUGCGAAAUCAUGAAAAAUUUGAUGAUAUUACGGAUGGAGUAUUAUACAAAGAAUUUGUUGACUUAUUGUCAACAAAUGAUAAACUUAAUUUUGCUACGACUACGAUGAACAGUGAUGGAGCGCCGAUUUUCGAAAGCUCUAGAUUUUCUAUUUGGCCGAUUCAAAUGAUUAUAAAUGAAUUACCCUUGGAUGUAAGAACUAGUAGACCUGUAGUAUGCGGCAUAUGGUUCGGUAAAGAUAAACCAAAUAUGAAUAUUUUUCUGAAGCCGUACAUUGUUCACAUGAACAAAUUGUCAAAUGAUGGUGUACGGUGUACUAUUGCAAAUGAAGUACGUACUAUUAAAGUAUUCACCAUAUGUUGCUGCGUAGACUCUGUUGCCCGUGCGCCAAUGCAGGGUAUGGUUCAGUAUAAUGGCUAUUUCGGAUGUAAUUGGUGUUUACACCCAGGAUAUUAUGUUUUCCACAAGAGAGGUGGAAGUGUAAAAUAUACUUUAUUAAAUGAAAUACCACCUAAAAGAACUGAAAUUGAAACAAUCGAACACAUGCGACAGAGUCUUACAUCUCGAAAUCCCGUUUAUGGUGUAAAAAGACCUUCGUGUUUAAUUAAUUUGCACGGUUUUAAUAUUAUAUCCGGUUUUGUACCAGACAGUAUGCACUGUCUUUGUUUGGGAAUAGCGGAACAAUUUUUAAGGUAUUGGAUCGAAUCGAACAACUUGCCAUAUUCUUUAUCCAAUAAUGAUAUUAAUAAAAUUGACAACGUGUUAUUAACAAUAAAAGCUCCCAAUCAAAUUGCUCGUUUAUCUCGCUCUAUACGAGAUAAAAAAUAUUGGAAGGCAAGAGAGUGGGAGAAUUGGAUUCUGUACUACAGUUUACCGAUAUUAUUAUGUUUUCCACAUUUAGAAAUAUGGGUAAAGCAUUGGUCACUUUUAGUAGAAGCAUUCUAUAUUUUACUAAAGAAAAGCAUUACACGUGACGAGGUCAAUUAUGCUCAUACAUUAUUGACAAAAUUUGUUUGUUACACCGAACACUAUUAUUCGAAAGCUGCUAUGACAUACAACGUUCAUCAACUACUACAUUUAGCACAAAGUGUAGCAGAUUGGGGCCCACUUUGGGCUCAUUCUGGCUAUUGUUUUGAAAACGGGAAUGGUCAACUAGUUCGAAAAAUCCACGGUGCUAAGGGCGUUGUACAUCAAAUUUGUAGAUCGAUAGCAAUGAGUCAAAGCGAAUUGAUUUUAAAGAAACAUGUUGCUUUAAAAGCGUUUUCAAAUGUAAAUAGUUUUAUUUCUUAUCUGGACAAAAAAACCGCAAAACAAACAUGUAAAUUAUGGCACGCAAGAUACUUUGGACCACACUACAAAACUAGCUUAAUGUGGAUAGAAGAACUUGAAUUAUCUGAUGAAAGUCGAACAUAUCAGAAAAUUGUAAAAGAACGGUGUUUGUACACAUCAUCAAAAAGAAAUAUAAUUCGAUCAGAUAAUUCGUAUGCUUUAACAACAGAAGGGAUUUUUAUUCACAUUGUAGACUUUAUUAUCGAUGCACCAACAAGGAAAGAGUACACCAUCUGUCAUUUAGUAAAUACGGAAGAUAUUUUUAAUAACAAUUCAUUACCGCUAAAAAAAGUUGUAAAUAUUUCAGAUAAUUUAGUAGCAAAAGACACCAACAGCAUUGAAAAAAUUUGCGUUUUUAUGAAUAUAGAUAAUAUGAUGUAUAUAUGCGCAGUGCCAAAUCUGUAUUUUUAUUAAUCGUU